AACGAUCGCGAUGCCAACACGGUGAUCAUGAACUACUAUCAAAUCGGACCGAAUACGAUCCGAGUGCAGAGCAUCCUCGAUCUGAUGAUGGAAAUCCUUGAGGACCCCAUCUAUGAAUAUCUGUGCACACAGGAGAAACUGCGCUACGAGGUGUACGCCAGAGUACGGCUCUAUUAUGGCAUUGUUGGGUACUCAAUUACUGCCUCGUCGCAUCAAACGAAAAAGGGAGCCAAGAAUUUGGAGCGGGGCAUCGAUCAAUUCCACCACGCGAUGCUACAGAUCCUCAACAAAAUGCGCGACGAUGAGUUUUUGCGCUCCAAGGAGAAACUCAUUCAGGCGAAGCUCGCCCCUGACGACAGCCUGGCCAUGGAAUCGGAUCGCCAUUGGGAGGAGAUUAUCAAUGGGGAUUUUCUGUUCGAUCGGAAUCAACAACAGGCCGAUGCCUUGCACAAUAUCACCAAAGAGGAGAUGAUUAGCUUCGUGGUAGACACGAAUGCCGCACAUUGUCGCAAACUUUCGAUUCAGGUAAUUGGAAAUCCGCCCACCGAAUGGGCGUACGAUUGGGCUUCGGAAAGAACCAAUUACAGCAGCGACGUCUUCCUCGAGACCCAUCAGACGCCGAGCUCUGUUUCCGUUUCAGAAGAUCAAUUGGCCGAUGGCAGUGAGAAUGGGGAUUGGAAGUCCACAACAUUCAGUUGGGAAGAAAGCCUGUACGAGGAUCUGGGCAGUCGACUGAACCUUGUACUUCUCCCCACACAAGGUGAAAACCGUCGUGUUCGACAAGACGGGAACUAUCACCCAUGGCACACCGAUGACCAGCAAGGUCACCCUCUUCGUGCCGCCCCAAGUGUGCAGCCUGGCCCGUGCCUUGACCAUUGUGGGAGCUGCCGAACAGAACAGCGAACAUCCCAUUGCCUCGGCCAUUGUGCUCUUUGCCAAGGACAUGCUCAACGUGGGACCGGCUGCCGCCGCCCAGCAGGGCAGAAAUUUCGGCAAGAGUUCACAUUUCCAGGCAGUGCCGGGAUGCGGCAUUCGCGUGAGCGUCUCCAACUACGAGCAGACACUGCGACAGGCCUGCAAUGCAGAGCGGAUCAUCAACUACGAGAAUCUGUACCGGCAGCAUCCACAGAGCUCCAUCAAUGUGGAGAAUGGGGCCACUGUGGAGCAUCUGAUGCCACAGCGGGAUGUGCGCAAGUCCAUGGAAGUGGCGCAACAGCAGCUGCUGGCACUUGAGGGCGUUGUCGGCGAGGAGCAGCAGAAGCUGAUCGACGGGCCGGAGAUACGAGUGCUGAUUGGCAAUCGCGAGUGGAUGCAGCGGAAUGCCAUCGAAG